CGUUCGGUAAUUCAUCGGCCCAUGAUUCUAUUGGUUUGGACUGGACCGAAGUUUUUAUUCGACUAAUCCUAUCUGGAUCGCAUACAAACAGAAAAUAUUCAGUGUUUAGCCCGUUCUUUGAAACUGGCACGGGACAGCUUUGUUCUUGACCCGAAUCGUCAAACACCAACCAUCCAAACAGAAAAUUCUCUAGGGAAGAUGACACCUUGACACACAUUCUCAGCACUACGCAGUUCACGCUCGCUUGUUUUCUGCCUCCAGCUCAUCAAACCAAGUCUUACCGAGUCGACUCACUAGGAAAUGCCGGUUGGCCGUGCGCCAACUCACAGUGCUCGGCGAAUUCAGGCUGUUUGGGCUUUGAGUCGGGGAAGGUCUGGACGGAAAACCGCCAGAUGAUUCGCACGAUAAAAUACCAUUCUACUUCCUCUUCGAUCCACACGGAGUGAGAGAGCGAGACGGAAAAGACGACAAAUAGUACCUCCGGAUCAUCGCUCAGCCACCUCUCUGAUCACGAUCUCUGAUAAAAGAGGUUUGGUAUUCGUCCUUGUGCACAACAAUUUGGUUCAAUGGUGGAGCAGGUUUACAAUGGUACUGCUAUUGUCCACGAUUCACUCAUUCUGUCUCUAGUUUAAAGGUACUUUCUGUGAACUAGGCAUCUUUGUAUACUCAAAAUCAUCUAGUUCCUUGGGGAAAAUUGGGUAUAUCCAAGUUUCUCCAUGGAGCGUAAUUUUUCUGAAUCCGGAUCUGUCUUCUAGUUUCUCUUAACUACCAAAAUACUUGCUUAAAAUGAUUCCAUUAUGACUUCCUGAUGCAAGAGCGGAGCUCAUGUUUGAUGCCUUAGUGGCAUCCGCUCUGCAGUCCUUUCCAAAUUGUUCUUGUUUCACCUCACAAAGGAGGGGAAAUGAACUUACAAUCUUCUCCAAUAUUUUGAAAUCUGUCAGCUUGGAAAUUUAUCUGAAGAGGAAGAUUUGAUAGCUGUGAAUCGUUGUACCGAUGAAGAAAAUAGAGAAGAAAGAGCCUUAACUGGGUUUCAGAAGAAUCAAGGAGGGGAUAAGAUGAGUGCAUAUAGCAACUGAUUCCAAGUGUCAGGCAGACCAGGGAGGCACCAGUGAACACAAUCUGCAUAUCUGGCUGGGUCAGACCUCUGCUCCGGCAAGAGCAACUUGCCUUCAGAAACUCCAUAAAGAGAGACAUGAGCAUCUUUCCUGUAUUCUGAGAGGGUUGUUAUAUUGAGGAAGUGAAAAGGUACUUUCAUGGAUUUUGUCACAUUCUCUGCAAUUGCAAAAAGACGUUGAUCUAUGUCCCACUUCAGUGAGGUAGACAUGUUUACAAUUGGUGUUGUCUCCCCAGCACAGUUAAUUCCGGUCAGGUUGUUCCAGGCAGAGCUCCUGUCACAUUUGCACACAAAUUGUAAAUUUCAAAUAAUGCUUCUGAAUAGCUUGUAAGGAAGAAGACUGAAGUAAUACACGGAAUGUUGAGGAGCCAUGCUGCUGAAGAAAAUUGAAGUUUGAUUGGGAUUGAUAUUUUUCUCUGCCCACUUGGCCAAUGUUCUUAGAACUUUCUCAUAUACCACGCUGACUUCAGUUUCAUCAUACUCUGUGGCUCCUUCAUCAAAUGAUCCUCGUCUUCUCAACCGGUUUCAACAAGAAAAUAUAGAGUCAGCUCCAUG